UCAAAUAUUCAAUACACACACUGACACACACAUACACUAUAGUACUAAACAACCUUGUAUUAACAACAUGGAAAACAAUCAUGUUGGUCAACAAGAACACCGCUUCACCGUUGACCAAGUGUCCUACAGAGGCGUACGCCGGAGGAAAUGGGGCAAAUGGGUGUCGGAGAUCCGAGAGCCCGGUAAGAAAACCCGAAUUUGGCUCGGAAGCUACGAGACGGCUGAGAUGGCCGCAGCGGCCUACGACUCUGCCGCUCUUCACCUCCGAGGACGUGGGACACAUCUCAACUUCCCGGAGCUCGCAGACAGCUUUCCUCGGCCGGAAAGCUCUAGCUCCGAGCACGUUCAAGCAGCCGCUCAGGGGGCAGCACUGAUGUUGAAACCGGGUGGGUCUACCGAACCAGAUACCGGGUCAGCUCAGGGACUUUCUCGGGUUGGAUUGUCUCUGGAUCAGAUUCAGGCUAUCAAUGAGUUUCCGUUGGACUCGCCGAGGAUGGGAUGGAUGCAGGAUUUUGAAGUGAAUGAUUACGAAGAGUUGUACGGACGGUUUUUUGGUCAGUGUGACAGAAAUGAGUUUUUUGAAAUGCAGCAGCUUCAAUCCAUAUGGGAUUCUAACUGAUAUUGAUAUUUGAUUAUUUUUAUGAUGUCACCAACCAUUUUAAGGAUUCGAUUUUACGGAUUAAUUAUUCAGUGGA